UGUGCCAAGACCACCACUUCAGGUACUAGAAGACCAGUAAAAACAAUGCACUUAUUUCACACUCUAUAGAACAGAAAAUAUAAAAAAUAUUUUGUGAGUAAAAACUUACCAGCCUCAAGAGGAGAAAAUAAAAUUGGGAGGGAACAAACACACGGAACUACCACCGUUGGCACUAAAGACUUCAAAUUCCGACAUGCACUCGGACGUUUGCCUCAUGACGUCACUUCCCUAAACAGAGACUGGCCGGCUGUUGCAGACUGAUUUUGAUUAGAAAGACGUUGGGUUACUAGGGCUCGGCGUGUUUAUGCUACAAAACACGGCUUAUGAGCUCCGCUAGUUGCCGGAGUCAUUCAGUUUAUCUAGAUUCGUCACAGAGUUUUUAGUCAGUUGUUGUCUGACAUGUCCUCAUGUUAGAUAUAAUUUUCUCUAGUGUUAUGUCAAAUGCUGAUGAAUUUGAAAAAGAGAAAAACAAGACGCUAACAAUUUAGAUUUUAUUUUGCAGCCAACAGAAGAUUUCUGGGCUUCUCAUCAAAUGUGACUGUUGCAAGGGUACCAUUCUUUGAAACUCCUUGACAAACAACAGACGUUGCAAGGAACAGAUACAUGAUUUACUGAACAUAAUUCUACUGCAUUUUUGAAUUCGUAAUGGACGGAAACACACCACAAGAUUUCAAGGAAUCUAAUUCUAGCAAGGACACUUUGGAAAAUUCCAGUGAUACAAGGAGUGGGGAUAGUAACUUGGACUCCUCGGAGCAAUCAGUAAGGAAGAGAGUCAGGCAAAGAACUCCCAGUCCACACAGCAGCUCAUCAUCUUGGUCAAGUUCCCCGAGAUAUGUGUCAGUGGAGGAACUUUUGGAAACUGCUAAAGGCGUCACCAACAUGGCUCUAGCUCAUGAGAUUGUAUUGAAUGGAGGAUUUCAGCUAAAGCAAUCCGAGCCAGUAGGCAGCUUGGAAAAGAGAGUGAGAGAGAUUGUUCACAAAGCAUUUUGGGACAGCUUGGAAACCCAACUGAGUGAAAAUCCUCCCACUUAUGACCAUGCUAUUAAACUACUUGGAGAAAUAAAAGAGACUCUUCUGUCAUUUUUACUGCCUGGUCACAACAGACUGAGAAACCAGAUUAAUGAAGUGCUAGACCUGGAGCUGAUAAAACAAGAAGCAGAGAAUGGUGCUCUUGACAUCAACAAAGUUGCAGAGUUCAUUAUUGAUAUCAUGGGAACACUGUGUGCUCCUGCUCGAGAUGAAGAAGUUGGGAGACUCAGAAAUAUAACUUCAGUUGUUCCUUUAUUCAAGGAAAUCUUUUCUGUGUUGGACUUAAUGAAGAUCGAUAUGGCUAACUUUGCCAUAAGCAGCAUUAGACCCCAUUUAAUGCAGCAAUCUAUUGAAUAUGAAAGAAUGAAAUUCCAGGAAUUUAUUGAAAAACAACCCAAUGCUUUGGAUUUUACCCAGAAAUGGAUUGAAGAGGCGUUGAAUGAACUCAUUAGCUCCAAAGUGGAAACUACAUCCUCUCCAAGUGGAGCUGAAAAUGUCCUUCCUGCAGUAAGUUCUUCAGCAGUGCUAAAUUGGGCAUAUCUUAAGCUGCUUAAAUGGGACCAUAUGAAAACACCUUUCCCAGAGACACUCUUGAUGGAUGAAACUCGGUUUCAGGAAAUGCAGUUACAGCUUGACCAGCUGACAUUAAUUGUGGCCAUCCUUCUGAUUACUUAUAACAUAGCUGGUACAGAACUAUCUGGCUUGCCAGGGUUUGCUGAAAAACUAAAAGAGAUCCUGAAAGUGCUGCUGACAGGGAUGCACAUGCCCCGUUUCAAUGUGAGGGAGGCAUUGGUUACCUCUGCUGAAAAGAUUUGCUUGGAGGUUAACACUUGCUUGAGCCAGCAUGGAUUUUCACAUUUAUCUCCUGAUCGAGAAGCAGCACUUAAAGGGCAAAUUGAGGCUUUGAUGAAGACAGACAAUUCCAUACAUAAACUCAUAGGAUCACGCAUUCAGAGCUUCCUAAAAUGUUACAUUGAAGCCAGCUGCCAGAAGUCCAGUCCUGCUUUUCCAGGGGGCCUUGAACCAGUUCGGAUGGAAUUAGUUGAAAUAGCUGUCAAAUUCAGUCGACUGGUCAACUACAAUAAGAUGGUAUUUAGUCCAUACUAUGAUAGAAUUCUCAGCGUCCUCAUGAAAAGCAAACACCCACUUUUCUCACUAAGAAAAUCUGUGGAGUAAAGUGAAAAUUUUAGUGUAUCUUAGAUUAUUCUUCGUUGAAAGAAUUAAAUUAAUCAAAAUUCUUUUGUUUAACAUUGCACUUUCCAAAGCAACUUAUUUAUAUUUUGGAAAACGCAUUUUAAAGAGUUAAAAUUAAAUGUUUCUAUAGGCUUAUGGCAGUAAUAAUGAAAAUAGUUCUAUGCUGACAUCUGCAUUUAAAGAAAAGGGAAUUAGAGUAAAUCUUUAAUAAUUUAAGGCAUGGUCAACUAAUUAGUGAACAAAAUUGUGACAAGUUUCUAUACCCAAUGCAAACAGUGCAAAAAUAUUUGCAAGUUAGAUUUUUUUCUUGUUGUAAAGUCAACUUAGUGGCAGUCUUUAGUGUGUGUUUUUGGUAAUAACAGUCAUGGUGUUCACAUCUUUUAUUGUGACAGAAAUAACACCUUGGAACAUCUUUAGUUAGGGCUGCAUAAAGGAUGUGUGUGGGCUUACUUUUGAUUUUGUACUUGGAACACUCCACCCAUCCUCUUUCUAUAGGGGAUACAUUAUUUCAAAUGGUGGAAUUCCAUUUUAGUAAAAUAUGAGAAUUAAUGAAACGUGGACAUCUGUGUUCUCAAAGAAGAGUGAACUUUGGCUUUACACAAGUCUUUCUGGAACAUAAUAAAAUAUCUUUGGAAUAACUAUGAAAAGGAUCAUUGUCACUGUGUUUAGACAGCUGCACUUGGUGGUUGUUCUCUCCAGAAAGUUCACCAUGAUGAGCAAAUGAUAGAUCUUAUUUUCACAGCCUACCCCGUAUAUGUCAUUUCCUGCAAAUCUGCAUGUUGAGUGCUGUCCACAAGAUAGAAAUAAAGCUGAAUGUCGAGGCUGUGCCUAAUAACCAAAUUCUGGAAUUAUGUGAGAUAUGUAUCAUAAUUUUUUGUUAUAUGUUCCACAGUAAUUUUUUAUUUUGAUACUGUAUUUUGAAAGAUUUUGCAAAGACUGUAAAAGAAUGUAAGAAAUGUGAAGAUUAAUUAUGAUAAUACUUUUGACAUGUCUGUUAUGAUUUUUAUAUUUAAAAAUACUUCUACCUUAAAAAAACAAACUUUUUUUUAUCAUUCUAUCAAUAUUAAGUAACUAUACAACUAUGAAGGUUUGAGUACUUUGCACUUUUAAAACUUAAGAGUGGUCUUAAAAGCUACUGGACAUUUUUUUGUAUUUUUUUUUUCUAAGAAUGAAAGUUUAAAUAACCAUUUUAGAGAAUGCAAGAUGUACUGUAUUUAUAGAUAGCAAGGUCUUGAGAAUAGCAGGUUGUUGCUCUGCAUCAGUAAUGAGUAUGUUGUUUGAAUUUUUUUUCUUACAUUUACAUGUUUGAGCUUUUAUGUUUGGAUUAGAUAUCCUAUUUUCAUCAAAGUAAUAAUAUUUUUUGGCUAAGUUUCAAAACAUAAAGCAUUUUAUAUGUCUGCAGUCUGUCAGAUGAUAAACGUUACUGACCUGUGGGUAUUUCUUUCAGCCUGAAGAAAAACUCAUCUGCUCAUAGUUAAUUUGCGAUGCACUUUAAAUAAUACGACAUUUUCAUGUUCAUUUCAACCACAUUUUCAGCAAACUUUAAAUGAAAAUUUAAUGUUAAAAUAAUUUGCUUAGUGUGUAUCCACAUGAUACCCUUAAGAAUUACAUUAGAUCCAAGAGUUAGUGAAAUUUGUCAAACAGAUUCUUAAUCAAGAUGACAUAAAGAUGUACGUGUCAUAACGGAAUAGGGGUGUCUUUCCCAAAACCAAUGCGUUUUAGUGAUUGAGAGGCAAUUUUACAAACCAAUGUAAUGUUUAAACUAUUUUUUUGUGCAUUUCCACAAAAACCCUCUUAACCCAUUAUGUCCUAAGGGGUUAUUUGGCAUUAUUGAGCCUAAGUUACAUGCCCAGAAAUAAACAGCUAUUAUUCAACUUAUGUAAUAAAGGAGCUGCAGAUGGCUGAGGAGUAGUGAGUACAACUCUCCAAAACUUUAAAAGAAAGUAUAUGAUUAAAAACUUUUGCUUACACCAAUAUCAACUACAUAAAACACAAAAAAGUGAUUUAUGUCCAAAAAAAACCUGGAUUUUACAGUAAACCAAGAAACCAAGACAUUUUAUGAUGCACAACCAUGGAAUCAAGUUUCUUUUGUGCCCCAAUUUGUCAGCUAUUAUUGUACCAAUUUAGAUGUCAUAUUUCAUAGUGUGGCAAAGUUUUACUGCUUGGCAUAAUAUUUCCGCCUUUUUGGAAAGAUUUAGUCUCUUGCACAUAAACUGCCCUUCAAAGCAAAUAUUCCAGUUGCAGUUACAGUAAACCCUCGUUUAUCGUGGUUAAUCCAUUCCAGACUCUACCGCGAUCAAUGAAUUUCCGUGAAGUAGGA